UUUCCAACAAUUUUCGCUCUUGCAAUGGACAUCCUACCUAUUCAAGCUUCAGCAGUUCCAUGCGAGCGUAUCUUUUCCUCUGCAAAGGAAACAAAGGCAGCACGGCGUAACCGUAUCAAGCCGCAGCUAAUGGAAGCCCUCCAGGUGCUCAAGUUUUCAGCUCGGAAGGGGAUUGAUUUGACAUUCACACAUGGUUUGACACGAGAAGAGGAACUCAGGGAGCUUUGUGACAUC